UCCCAUAGUGCACCCGAACCAUCCAAUCCUCACAUUGAUAACAAUAAAGAUCAAGAAACUGAAAAUAAUCAGUUAGAUCUUGAUAAUAAUGAAAAUGAUGAGAUUUCUAAUCCUGAAGAUAAUGACGCUGAGGAAAAUGAUCAACAGGAAAGCGAUGAUAACAAAGAGCCUCCUCCCCCACCUGUAACAACUAAAGAGGUAUAUAGUGCAAUACAAACUGUUUUACGCUACGAAGAGCAGACGAAUUCAGAAUCUAGCCUUGAUCUCGAAGAAUUGGAAUUUUUGAGACAAAUAACAUCAUCUGCGACAUAUGCAUGA